AGAGUUCCAUGAAACAGAAAGUCAUCUUUGACACUGAAAUGAAAGUAAUCUUCAACACUGCCAUUGCUUAACCUACGGGAGAGAGCACCAAAAUGGCAGAGAAUCAGAAACUGUUCUGUUGCUCCAUCUGUCUGGAUCUACUGAAGGAUCCGGUGACUACUGCCUGUGGACACAGUUAUUGUAUGGGCUGUAUUAAAGAAAGCUGGGAUCAGGAUGAUCUGAAAGGUUUCUACAGCUGUCCACAAUGCAGAGAGACCUUUAUCCCAAGGCCUGUUCUAAACAGGAGCACUGUGCUGGCUGAAGUGGUGGAGAAUCUGAAGAAGACAGGACUCCAGGCUGCUCCCCCUCCUGCUCUGUGCUAUGCUGGACCUGGAGAUGUGGCGUGUGAUUUCUGCACUGGGACCAGAAAACAGAAAGCCCUCAUGUCCUGUCUGGCGUGUCUGGCCUCUUACUGUGAGACUCACCUCCAACCUCACUAUGAAUUUCCUGCUUUCAAGAAGCACAAGCUGGUCAAAGCCACCACACAACUACAGGAGAAGAUCUGCUCUCAUCAUGACAAACUGCUGGAGGUUUACUGUCGUACUGAUCAGCAGUGUAUCUGUAUGCUGUGUACAAUGGAUGAACAUAAAGGCCAUGAUACAGUGUCAGCUGCAGCAGAGAGGACUGAGAAACAGAGGCAGCUGGGGAUGAGCCAGCAGAAGGUCCAGCAGAGAUUCCAGGAGAGAGAGAAGGAGCUGAAAGAGCUCCAACAGGCUGUGGAGUCUCUCAAGCACUCUGCACAGUCAGCAGUGGAGGACAGUGAUCAGAUCUUUACUGAGCUGAUCCAAUACAUUGAGAAAAGGAGCUAUGAGGUGAAGGAGCUGAUCAGAGCCCAAGAGAAGGCUCAAGUGAGUCAAGCUGAAGGACUCCUGGAGCAACUGAAGCAGGAGAUCGCUGAGCUGAGGAAGAGAAGCACUGAGCUGGAGCAGCUCUCACACACAGAGGAUCACAUCCAUUUCCUCCAGAGUUAUCAGUCUGUCUCCAGUAUCAGUGUAUCGUCAGACUUACCCAGCAUCGUUCUCCGUCCUCUUCAGUACUUUGGAGAUGUGAGUAAGACUGUGUCUGAACUGAGAGAGAAACUAGAAGACUUCCUUAAAGGAGAAUGGACCAAGAUCUCCACUACAGUGAAUAUAGUGGAUGUUGUACUGCCUCCAGAGCCCAAGACCAGAGAACAGUUGUUACAAUAUUCCUGUCAGCUCACACUGGACCCAAACACAGCACACACAGAUCUCUCUCUGUCUGAAGGGAAAAGAAAGGUGACCUAUACAGGCCAAGUCCAACCAUACCCUGAUCAUCCAGACAGAUUCAUCAACCAGUACCAGGUUCUGUGUAGAGAGGGUCUGUCUGGACGCUGUUACUGGGAGGUGAAGUGGAGUAGUUAUGUUAUUACAGCAGUCUCCUAUAAAGACAUCAGCAGAACAGAGACAGAUAAUAUAUUUGGAUACAAUGACAAGUCCUGGAGUUUACAAUACUAUAGAGGUAGUUAUUGGUUCAGACACAAUAACGUUGAGACUAAAGUAUCAGGCCCUCAGUCCUCCAGAGUAGGAGUGUACCUGGAUCACAAGGCAGGUACUCUGUCCUUCUACAGUGUCUCUGACACAAUGACCCUCCUCCACAGAGUCCAAACCACAUUCACUCAGCCCCUCUAUCCUGGGUUUCAUCUCUGUGGUACUGCUGAGCUGGUUAAACUGUAGUAGGGUCCACAUAGAUUCUAGUCAUGCUGGUGUAGUCUAUAGCUGAGCUGGUUAAACUGUAGUAGGGUCUACAUAGAUACUAGUCAUCUACAUAGAUUCUAGUCAUGCUGGUGUAGUCUAUAGCUGAGCUGGUUAAACUGUAGUAGGGUUUUUUUCUGACGAUAUUGAUCUUUAGAGAUUUCCUCCAUUUGAAAUGCUUUGUAUUAAUAUUUAAUGAAAUGCAAUGUUUUAAUCUUGUACAUUUCCAUGAAUCAUGAUGUCUGGUGUUGAUGUAUAUUGGUUGUCAUUCAGAACCAUUGAUAUGUUUUCUCGUUUGGUUCUCUGUCUCUAUGUAUUUUUCCUCAGUGGAACAGAUAGUAACUAAACUAUAUGGACUAGUUUCCCAGACACAGAGUAAGUCUAAAAAGAAUGUUCAAUGUUGAUUUCCAGUAAACUGACUCUAAAUUUGGCAUCUGUCAUCCUCCGAUUCUGCUCAGUGAAGCAACAUUAAACCUGUCCAGCAGGUGGUGCUAUUGACCAAACAAUAAAACUAGCAGAUAUCUUGACUUGCCACUCAGUUUAUCAGUAAUGUUCAGAAUAGUACUUUAAUAUCAUUGGAGAUUGAUGGUCUUUUUAAUCCACUAUCCAGAGUCAAGAACAGAUGAAGUUAGGUCUGCUACUGUUCAGUGAUUAAAUAUGACUUAUGGUGAUGGGAAAUAAAAAAUACAACACUAAA